AUGAGUAAGUUCAAAACCAUUGAUACAUUUUUUAAAAGAAAAGAUCAAGAGAAUGAAGAUGCUUCUACUAUUACUACUCCAAUACUUGAGGGGUCAUCAAAUUUCAUUACUUCAAGUUCUUCAUUGAAUAGCUCAAAGCGUCCACGACUUCUUCCAAAUCAACUGGAUGUUUUUCGUUUGGAAAGAGAUCCUGGAAUGCGACCAAUGAUUUGGAAUUUUCCUCCAAAUAAAAGAGAUGAAAUCCGUCAGGCUUAUAUUAAAGUUGGGCCAAAUCAACCAAUUCUUGAUAAUUAUCCAUUUUCUGGUGAUAAAAGUCAUCGUCGCUUUCAAGCUUCAUGGUUUAAAUUGUUUCCAUCUUGGUUAGAAUAUUCUAUAGAAGAUGAUGCUAUAUAUUGUUUUCCGUGCUUUCUUUUUGCUAAGGAACCUUCAAUCAAUACGGGUUCAAAUGCUUUUAUUGAGAAUGGUUUCAGGAAUUGGAAGAAAGUAAAUAGUGGAAAAGAAUGUGCUCUUUUGAAUCACAUUGGCAAAGGUCCUAACUCAUUCCAUCAUAAGGCGCUGAAAUCAUGUGAUGAUUUGAUGAAACAAUCACAACAUAUUGACAGACUUCUUCAUAAGCAAACAUCAGAAGAGAUUGAAAAGAAUCGAAUUCGACUAGGAGCAUCUAUAGAUUGCAUUAGAUGGUUGACAUUUCAAGGUUGUGCAUACAGAGGACAUGAUGAAAGCCAAAGUUCAAGCAAUAGAGGUAACUUUUUGGAAAUGUUGAAAUUUUUGGGAUCUUACAAUGAAAGAGUGAGAAAUUCAAUUAGAGAAGAGAUUGGAGAUGCCAAAUUUUGUAUUAGUGUUGAUGAAGCUAGAGAUGAAUCUAAAAAGGAGCAAAUGGCAAUUGUUUUGAGAUUUGUUACUUUAGAUGGUUUUGUUAAAGAGAGAUUCUUUGAUCUUGUGCAUGUCACUGAUACUUGUGCAACAACUUUAAAGAAAGAAUUGAUUUCUGUCCUUUCUCAUUAUAAUCUCCAAGUUGAAAAUAUUAGGGGUCAAUGGUAUGAUGGUGCUAGCAACAUGCGGGGUGAGUGGAAUGGUUUGCAAGCUUUGUUUCUUAAAGAUUCUCCACAAGCAUACUAUGUGCAUUGUUUUGCUCAUAGGUUACAAUUAGCAUUGGUAGCAACUUCAAGAGAGUUUGGUAAAAUGUUUACUGCUACCAAUAUUGUUCUCAAUAAUAUCAUUGAAGACGGGACAACUUAUGCACAAAAAGGUGAGGUUUAUGGUGUUAGUAAAAUAUUAUUGUCAUUUGAAUUUGUUUUCACUUUGCACUUGAUGAAAGAGAUUAUGGGAAUCACUAAUGUUCUUUGCCAAGCACUACAACAACAAUCUCAAGAUAUUCUUAAUGCAAUGCAUAUUGUUUCUACAUCAAAGUUACUUCUUCAACAAUUAAGAGAUGGUGGAUGGUGCAAUUUUCUUGCAAAUGUUAAAGAUUUUUGUGAAAAACAUAAAACUGAAGUCCCUAAUAUGAGUGCACAAUAUGUUUUUGGAAGAAGUCAAUCUCGUUAA